AUGGAUGGUGGAUCCUUAGGAGUCCCAAAGGGGAAUGUUGCGCCACAGGAAGAACAGCCUACUGCAAGAAAAGAGGCACGCUGUCGUCCCGUGGGCGAUGUUAUUGCUGCUUCCUCUCGUCACACCCUUUCUCGGUUGCGAGUGGAGAGAUCUCAGUACAUCCCGACCCAACUGCAGAACAACAGACCCGGAUUGCUAGCUAGUUACCGCACAGAUAUGAGCUUGGUCAAAGCAGUUUUUGCGGCUCUCACCAUUGGAUGGAUCGUCACCAGACCUCAUCCCUCAACCAUGGCCCGAAUCCUCAUCGGUGAGGGUCCCUGGGAAGCAACAGAGACCCAUCUCGAACGGCCGACAUUCAGGAUGCAGCUCAGCUCUGUGGCACUCACUUUGAGGCGAAAGUCUCUUAGUCUUGAGGCUGUAGCCAAACAACGGCUCAAAGAUUGGGAAGUUUCGAGUCUUGGACUGCUUGAAUACGGCUUCGGCUCAAAUGCUACCAAUCAUGGCGACUUCCAAGUUCUAACAAACUCGUGGUUGGACUGCAAAGAUCUUGAUUCCUCAACGUAUCUCCGACGGCCACCGAGCUAUUUCGAAGAAGAGCAAGUCGCUUCCAGGCUUUUGUCGGGCAGUGUCAUGCUCAGCGAGAUCGCCAACCAGACGCCCGUCUCAAAUCCCGCUUCGGUCAACUUUGCAUGGGCAUCUGUCCUCGGUCUUCAGCCAGCAAUGCAGCAACCCUCAAUGCCUCAUCAUCUGACGGCGAUUCUAAGGCGCCUCCCUCUCUCAUCUCGGAUUUCUAUCAUUGUUAAUAUGGACUUGCGUAUUGCCCGCACGAGGCCCGGCAUUGGCUCGCAUCAACCCAACCUGGUCUUGUUCAUGACAGAUUCUCGGAGAGAUCGCCAGUCCGGCCAUGGAUCACAGCCAACCCACCACCGCAAGAUCAGCUACCGGUCUGCUUGGGGAACACCUGAAGCAAUCCAUCUUCAAUGGGUGCCUGAGGGUUGCUGUGCCUCACCUCUUUCGAGCGACCUGCAUGCUGAGCUAAACCCGUAUCACUACCCUCCAAACCCAACCUUGCAACGGCACGCUACAUGGAUGAUGGCGGCAUGGUUGGUCUGCUCUGGUGUUCAGAGAUGUUGUGCUGCAGAGCUUUGUGUCACAACCACAGAGAUGUUUCAUUCACCUGCAUCAUCGAGUUGCCUCGGACGCCUCGCUGCAGGACGCCAUCAGCCUUUCAGGAAAGCAGCUGUAGCGCCCCGUCCAGAUGGUGCUUGA